GCCAGGGAAGAAUGCGAAGCGCGCUGCGAUUGGUCAGUAGGCGCGGCGUUUCGGUCCCGCCCAUCUCUGACGGACAGGCCUGGCUGCGCUGGGCUGGAGUUGGCUUGAGGGACGGGCCCGGCGAGGAAACGGACGCGGGUUCCUAUCCUGGGAGACUGACCUUCGCUGCUGACUGGCCACAUCUCACUCAUGCCGCUUGGACUAGGCCGACGGAAGAAGGCCCCACCGCUGGUGGAGAAUGAGGAAGCUGAGCCCCUCCGCGGUGGUCUCGGUGGGGUGGGGUUAGGCAGCGUUGGUGGCGUGGCAGCACUUCAGCCUGGUCUUCCCCCUCCGCCAGCAAGCCUCCGUCCUCGCCUGGUUUUCCACACCCAGCUGGCCCAUGGAAGUCCUACAGGCCGGAUCGAGGGCUUUACAAAUGUCAAAGAACUGUACAGUAAAAUUGCUGAGGCCUUUAAAGUCUCACCAGCUGAGGUGAUGUUCUGCACCUUAAAUACUCACAAAGUGGACAUGGACAAGCUGUUGGGUGGCCAGAUUGGCCUGGAAGAUUUUAUCUUUGCCCACACAAAGGGCCAGAGAAAGGAGGUUGAAGUCUUCAAGUCUGAGGAAGCUCUGGGCCUGACCAUCACGGACAACGGUGCUGGCUAUGCUUUCAUCAAGAGAAUCAAGGAAGGGAGUGUUAUUGACCGCAUCCAAGUCAUCAAUGUGGGGGACAUGAUAGAGUCCAUCAAUGGGCAGAGUCUAAUCGGUUGCCGGCAUUAUGAGGUCGCCAAAAUGCUCAAGGAUCUGCCCAAAGGCCGCACUUUUACACUAAAACUCACUGAGCCCCGCAAAGCUUUUGAUAUGAUCAGUCAGCGGUCUACAGCAGGCAAACACAAUGCGGGUGCUCAGCUUGGCACAGGGAAAGGAACGCUGCGACUUCGGGCCAAAGGACCAGCCACUGUGGAAGAACAGCCAUCUGCCUUUGAGGAAAAGGCCAUUGAGAAGGUUGACGACCUUCUGGAGAGCUACAUGGGCAUCCGUGACACAGAACUUGCUGCUACCAUGGUGGAGCUGGGCAAGGACAAGCGGAAUCCUGAUGAGUUUGCUGAGGCACUGGAUGAACAACUGGGCGACUUUGCUUUCCCUGAUGAGUUUGUCUUUGACGUCUGGGGAGCUAUUGGGGAUGCCAAGGUUGGGCGCUACUAGGACUCUGCGCUCUGCUGGACCCUGCAGGCAGGACCAUUGAGCAGGCCACUGGUGGGCCUGGCACACCACUGUUCCCUCCUCUUGAUGCAAGACCACCCACCUUUUCUCCACAGGGGCUGGAGAAUAAGAGCAAUAAAUAACCCACAUCAGUGAUUGGCAUGUAAUAUGAACUUGGGCCAGAAUCUGCUGCUGUUUCCUGAGACCUUGCCACCCUUGAAGUGGGUGCAGGCUCCUUCAGCUCUGAGUACAGUCAGCUGAAUGUCUUUGUUGUCAGUUUCCUUAUCAGCACAGCUCUCAUGGUUCAUUGUUUUCCAGAGAUGGACUGCUAAACCCAAUUCUCAGUUUAUAUUGAAUUAGGGUGUCAUGUGGAUUUGUAGUCCUGAUAAAAAAAAUUCUGUGGAAUCUCAAAUCACCACAUGGGAGAUGUAGAUGACGUAGGAGUUGUCUUGACUUCUGGCAAAUGGGGCAGGAGGAUCCAACAAACAUCCUAGUCUUGCAUAUCAAUUCUUGAGAGAACUGAGUCCUAAGUGAGUACAGUCCAUAGCUUUUCUUCCUGCAUAAAUAUCCUCUGCUACCCCCCUCUAGUUUGUUUUGGUACGUGAUACGUAUUAGCAAAUUUGUUCUGUUACUUUAGACUUAAUUCUCUAGUCAGGGUGACUCUCCCUGUCUUCCCUUCUCCCCCAAUUUGCCUUUAGGGAGUAUCUUCAUGCUGCCUUUAGGCAGCAUCUCACUUGUUUAAUCUCCCUUUGGCCCUUACAGCUUUCUAAAGCUUUGAACAUCAGAUAUCACCAGAAGUGACUCAGGUUGCUCCUGACACAGAAAAAAAAAAUCAGAUAUCAUGAUUCUUUUCAAAAACUAGCAGCUAUUAUUUUUUUUUAAAAAACACACCUGAAGAUGGAAAUAUGCUUUUCUCUUUCCCAUAAAAGUGCUUUGCUCUUUUAUGUACAAGAGUUGUGCAAGUGAGAGUUUCCACUUGAAUGAUAGCUAUUGGACCCACUCUGUAACUGGCAGAGCUUGUGAGUACUUCUCCACCUUCCCUGUUCUGUCAUCAGCCACUGAACUGGGAUCCAUUUUGAUUAUUAUUUGCCAGUGUCCUUUGACCUAGUUAGAGCUGCAGACCACAACACAGCCAACAGUUGUACAUGGCAGGUUUGAUCUAAGACUUUACACCCAGGCACAGCUGAUUUUCCUCAGUCUAGAUGUGUCUGGUUUUUCCUGCCAUCUAAAUGAUAUCGAACUCUUUCACCCUCCCAGACCCAGGCAUGAUUUCCAGUCACUGUCCCUCUCAACUGAGUUCAGGGGCUUCUAGCCUCAGGCAACUCAUGCUGUGUGGUUGUGCAAAGGCUGCCUCAUAUGUGUCUCAGGGGAUAAUCCGGAGCUCACCCUCUUAAACCAGUGGCAUUCCACCCCUAGCUUGAUAAUAAUCUUUUCCUGAAUGGGUUUUAGGGAGUUCUGCUGCUCAAAGUGUUUUGCAUCAGGAUUUAGAGGCAUCUCCAAGAGCAACAACAGCAGGGAUGUCCUCUUACUGUCUAGGGUUGGGCUUGGUGUCCUUGUCAAUGCCUGUCUUGUCUAAUCUGUCCCUUUUGUCAUACUGACCUACCUCCCAGUUAAUGUCUGUAAAGCUCUCUCUGUUAAAUUAUUUAUAUCCUCUCAUGGACCUGCACACACACUCCCAGACACUGAGCCUCUACCCUGGGCUGUGUCCUAGUACUGUAGUUCAGGCAGCAGCUGCUUACCCCUGGUUGCUGAGGGGGGUCUCUUCACUCUUUCACUUUACAACUAUAGUUCACCUACUGUAUCUUUAAGACACUAAUCUAAGAGAGGAUGUGGAGCCUUGUUGCCCUCUGGAACCCAUUUUGCAAACCUCAGAAAGGGCCAGGCUUUGACCAAACCUUGGCCACUUUCCUGCAUUCUGGCCCCGGAAACCUUUGGGUAGGUUGGGUACCACGUCCUCCUUGGGGAAUAUUUUUGUAUUCAACAUGUAAAGCAUCUUCAAGAUAAAAUAUAUUGACACUACUAA